UUUAUAUACAUAUAUAUAUAAGAGAAGAACAUUUUUUAAUCAUAUCGAUUCCACUGACAACAUAUAUUAAAGGCUGUGUUCCAAAAUUCACUGCUAGUAUUGGAAAUCUAUAGUUCACGUAACGUAUUAUAGAUUUUCAUUACUUGCAGUGAAUUUUGAAACACGGCCAAAGUCGGCUAGUCUCAUGUCUCGUGAGAAUAGCGUGACUGGAAAAAACUCGCUAUACUUUAUUGUAUGUAGGUAUAUAAUCUUUUACAUUGUCGAUAAUAAAAUAGUGAUUUGGUAAAAUAAAAUUUUCAUAUUUGUUAUUCUCUUGCUAUAGAUGUAUAAAAGAUUUGUACACUUUCGGUAAUAAAACAAAAUGAUCGGAUAAGUUCAUUUGAUUUUCAAUACGGUUAAAAGUUAAAAUGUGAUAAUGUCAGCACUCUUCAUUGCAAUUAUCUAUGGACCUCUAUCGAGAGAGAGAAAUAUAAUUAUAUAUGCAAUAUUAUAUAAUUAACUCUGUUAAAUAUAUUUAGCUAAAAAGUUGAAAUAAAACGAAUAAAACUCGUUGCGACGAACGCCGCGAAAUUGCGCGAGUUCGUCAGCACACUCCUGAGAUAACCGCAAGAUGGAGCUAUGGAGUGUGCGCGUGCGCAACUUGUCGCGCGACCGCGCGAGUACGAAUAGGGAAUAGGAUAGAAUUGUAUGAUUAUAGGACAGUGGCAGGGGCAGGGGUAGGUGAUUGAGUAGGACGGUGGUAGGACGGUAGGGCUGUAGGACCAUAGGACGCAAGUCGUCGUGGUGUGUGCCGCUUGUGGCCGCUUGCCGUUCGGAGGGCCAGAGAGCGCGUCUCCUGUGAAGCAGGAAGACAGCUGGAACUGGCGCGGACCGCUAGUCAAGAUGUAAACUGUCAAGGGGCAAAGAUGUUACGCUAGAGAAGAUCCGUUUAGGCCCAGGCCGCAAGUGUGCGAGAACGAGGAGAAGAAGGCGAGCGGGAGAAAAAGAGAGAGAGGAAAGAAAAAAGAAAAAAAAAACAGCGCAACAGUGAACGAGGCAAGAAAGCGAUAGAAGAAAAGAGGAAAAGAAAAGCGGAGAGAAUCAGGCCUUACACGUUGCACGCAAGACGCACGAGGGGAGAAUACAGAAAUGGAGUAGCUGGAAAAGGGGAUCGAUCGGCCGCCCGAUAGAUGUAGCAAUGGAGGACACGAGACUGGGAAUCAUCGUAGUCUGAGCACUCGAAAAUGACGUCAGGAUUGCCAAGCGCUCAUCAAAAGAAGCUUGGACCAGCGCCGAUAGCAUCCUUCGAAGACCUGUCGGACGAGGUGGAAAACGGGGAAUCGACGGCGGUGACGGCGGCGGCGGCGGCGGCGCCGGCGACGGCGGCGGCGGGGCGAAUGCCGGGCAUCGUCGAGAUUACUACGCCGGCAACGCCUGGCAGUUCGCUCAAGACGCCCAGCACGCCGCGAAUUGAUAUCAGCAGGGCGAGCAGCUCCUCGCACCACGAGGACAGUAAUUCCAGAGACUCGUCGCCCGAGCGGGAGCUUCUCGCAGGUGCGGAUCCUCCGCCCGGCUGCAAACUGACUUUGGGCUACAAAGAGGAUGCCCAAGAUCUCAGAUCCUCCACGGAAGAGCUGGAUUUACAAGAUCCCGUCCACGAGCAGGAUCUCAGAAGGGAGUCUAAGAGACGAAAGCGGAAGGAGGCAGAUGGAUCUCAGUCGGAUUACAGUAGCAAGCAACUGGACCGUGAACGCAAGGACAGCAAUUGUUCGGAGAUAUGUCUGCUCAACAUCAGUGGCAGAACGUCCAGAUUGUCUUCGGUCGGUAGCCAAGGAUCUGGCGUCUCCGGGAAGCUCUCGGUUGUUUCGGCAACUUCGUCUAGAUCUCCCAGUCCGCACAAGUGUCUGUUGGAGACAUCGUUCUGCGGAAGCAAACCGACGCUAGCCGACAACCUAAUAGAGCCGUCGAAACCGGAGACCGAUGAUCUUGAAAAGAUACUUUUGAAGCGGGAGGCUGAUACUACGAAGGCGCUGAUUCCCGAGAGCAUCAAAGUGUCGAUGGUUGGAGGCAAUUUGAAGCCAGAUCCAUUGGACAAACCCAGAAGACGCGGUCGCGAGGAACGGAAAGAGAUCUUCAAGCGAGAAGUGGAAAUCACGAAGAGAUUUCUGGAGAAAGCCAAUAUAGAGGUACCAAUCAUCAAAAAAUCAGGCGAACAACAAGGGUUGACGACGAUACCGCAACAGCAGCAACAGCAAUCGACAAAGACUCAAGUUCAAGAAGUUCAGAAACCCGCGACUCUCGAUUUCAACGAUAAGAGAAAAAAGGCGCAGAACUUUAAGGAAAUUGUGCAGACGACGCCUACGACAAGUAGCUUUAGCGGAAGUCCCAAGUUACCGAGACAUCAGAAAGUGCGUGAUCUCGAAGGCUCGCGAACGCCUAGUCCGUCAUCUGUAUCCAGGAAGAGCAGCUUUGCUUCGUUGUUCAAGGCUAAAACCGACGGUUGUGUAUUGAGCCCGGAAUCGCCGUCGCCCAGUACGAAACCACGACGGAGUCUGACAUCGAAACUGAAAGAUACCACGGAGAGUCUAAGAAGCCGUUCAAAGUCGCGCGAGAGGGUCUCCGUCGACAAGGGUUCGAACUUGAAAAAGGAUUCGAAGAAUAAAGGGAUGUUUUCGUCUACGUUGAGUCUAUUUAAGAAACGAGAGAGAAAAAAGAGUUAUGAUGAAGCGAUCGCGGCUUCGUGUGAUCUUGACGCUCAUAGCGGAAUCGAACAUCCGUCCCUAGAGAGCAUCGGCCGCGUGGAAUUCACGUUCAAUAUGGAGAAGGAAAGAAACCACCAGGAUGAUUCAAUCUUCAUCAGCCUGCACGCUGACGAUAGGAAUUAUGAGGAGGCCUUGCCGUCGGAGAGUGUCUCGAUACCAUUGGAAACACCGACCAAGUUGCUGGAUGAGUACGAAUCCGAGGAACCGCGUACGAGUAGCAUAAUCACGGAGGUGUCGAUUGAACAUCAUCCAGCGCCGUCGUCGAUCGCUAAAGUUAGGACUGAGGCGCAGAUUGAGACAAAGACGAUGGCGAUGGUGACAACGCAGGCUACGUCCAGGAGCUCGUUCAGGGAUAACCAACUUCCGCAGAGCGUGCCGAUAAAUUCGCAAAUAUCGAAAAGAGAUUCGAAAAUUAGUGCGCAGGCUAACAAAAUAAUUGAAACAUCGCCAUUGGUAAAAUCAUCGAUUAAAACAGAGAUAAAAUCGGAGUUUAAAUCGGUGGACUCGCGGAUAUUGUCCAGCGGCUUGUCGAAAGAAUCUAUUGUUAAAAAGCCUGAUGUAACGAAGCCAAAGAGGAAAAGUAGAGAGAGUCAGCAGCAACCCACACCACCUGAAAGGAUAGACAACGAUGCAUCGACGCAACAAAAAAAAGUAAGUUCUAGGGAAUCUACACGAGCCACGCAAGAUAUCAAGAGAUCCGAUCUCCUUGACGAUAAAGUCAGCAACAAGGACGGUUUAGUAAAAACGCCCAGCAUGAUAUCCGAUCUGGAUCACAACAGUUCAGAAUCCGAGAGAGAUUCGGAGAUUGAAUUCGUCCGCAAUAAGGUCGAAAAGAUGGCGGAGGAACUACCGGACGAACGGAAGGGUCUCUUUUACGAGGAAAGUUUUGAGGAAGAUUUUCCAUAUAUACCGACAACCCUACCGUUGGAGAACAGGAACGCGAUCCAACAAUAUAAAAUUCAUCAAUUUUAUUCUUGUGUUAGGACAAUUCCGAUCGAAAGACCGCGUUCGACAACACCGAUAAAUCCGACUCUACUCGACGAGUUCGUGAUGCAGACGUCGCUAGACGAGCGGCGCGUAGAGCGGAUGAAGAUAUCUCUGCCACGGGAAGACAGUUUUAAGUUGAAGAGUCCGCGCCGGCAAUAUGCCAGUACGACGAACACUUUUACGGAGUUUGCGGGCAGAGUGCCACCAGACGGCGGUCGCAAGAGCAUUAUCAGUCACGGAAAAUCACCUAGUCCACCUCCACUGCCACCGAGAGCACCAGCAGCUGCAACAACAGCAGCAGUAGCGGCAACAGCAGCAACAACGCGGCCGAGCAACUGGAUAAAUUUUGAGGAGAUUCCAGAGAAACGAAAGGCGCCGAAGCGAAUACAAACGAUACCACGACCGGAAGACGAAAUCGCAAAGACGAUUGCCGGCGGUUAUAGUUAUGUGCAACCGGAGGAGUGCAAGUGUGAAUGCCACGAGGAAUCCAGGCGGGCGUCUAUGCGAGAGGCGGCAGCGGCGGCAACUACCGCAACCGCUACCAGCAUUAGUACCAGAACUUCCUCUUGUAGCAGUAACGGUGAACGGCCGUGCAAUGGUGAAAACUGCACAGCGCCGACCGCUGGCGGCAACUCCGUCGACCGCGCCAGCAUUGUCAGUGAUAGUUCGCUGGAGUGUUCGCUGAGCAUUGAUGACGGCCAAAGUACACAGGCGCUCCUCGGCAACUCGACGAAACCUUUUGCCAUGGAUCUCGACGUACGGUCCAAUAGAUCAAGCAUCAUAUCGCAAGAGGAAAACGACGAGAACCAGCACCAAUAAUAAUAAUAAUAACAACAAUAAUAAUAAUACUUAGCAAAGCG